UUCGCAUUCUUUGACAUGGCCUACCAAGGCUUUGCCAGCGGUGAUCGUGAUAAGGACGCCUGGGCCGUGCGGCACUUCAUCGAGCAGGGCAUCAAUGUCUGCCUCUGCCAACCGUAUGCCAAGAACAUGGGCCUGUACGGUGAGCGAGUGGGAGCCAUCACGGUGGUCUGCAAAGAUGCAGAAGAAGCCAAAAGGGUGGAGUCACAGCUGAAGAUCCUGAUCCGCCCUUUGUAUUCCAACCCGCCUCUCAAUGGAGCCCAGAUCGCUGCAACCAUCCUGACUUCUCCAGGCUUGCGGAAGCAAUGGUUGCAAGAGGUGAAAGGCAUGGCUGACCGCAUCAUCAGCAUGAGGUUGGUCUCCAACCUGAAGAAAGAGGGCUCAUCCCACAACUGGCAGCACAUCACUGACCAGAUCGGCAUGUUCUGCUUCACCGGCCUAAAGCCUGAGCAGAUGGAGCGGCUGACCAAGGAAUUCUCAGUCUACAUGACAAAGGAUGGCCGAAUCUCCAUGGCUGGGGUCACCUCUGGCAAUGUGAGCUACCUCGCCCAUGCCAUUCACCAGGUCACCAAGUAA